GAGGGCUCUGGGAUCAUGGGGACAGCGACAUCGAGGGAGCGGGGACAGGUGCCAUGGGGACAGUGGCACCGGGGGUGGCACAAAGCGGUGGCCCCUUGUCCCCUCCCCACCCCGUGCCAGCCCUCGGGGGGCCCACUGCGGGUGUGGGGGGCACGUCAAACCCCCUGCCCUGGGGGUCCCGGGGGGUCCCUCGGUGCCCCCCCAGGUGCUGAGGUGCCCCCCCGGUGCCAGCUGUACCUGGGGGUGGUCCUGGCCGCCGUCGUCAUCGUCACCGGCUGCUUCUCCUACUACCAAGAGGCCAAGAGCUCCAAGAUCAUGGACUCCUUCAAGAACAUGGUGCCCCAGCAAGCGCUGGUGAUCCGCGAGGGCGAGAAGAUCCAGAUCAACGCCGAGAACGUCGUGGUGGGCGACCUGGUGGAGGUGAAGGGCGGCGACAGAGUGCCCGCCGACAUGAGGAUCAUCUCCUCCCACGGCUGCAAGGUGGGCACGGGGGGGACGGCGCGUGGCAUCGUCAUCUCCACGGGGGACCGCACGGUGAUGGGCAGGAUCGCCUCGCUGGCCUCGGGGCUGGAGGUGGGCCGCACGCCCAUCGCCAUGGAGAUCGAGCACUUCAUCCGCCUCAUCACCGGCGUCGCCGUCUUCCUCGGCCUCUCCUUCUUCAUCCUCUC